AUUCUCCCUCCUCACCUGCACUCUAUUUUGUCCUCAUUAUCUCCCCUUUAUAAACCCCUCAUGUUUGCUGUGUGGUGUCAGUCCGUAUGCAUUAUACUGAUGUUCAGUUUAUCUUACUGCCGGUUGUGGUUUCUGACCCGGUCGCGUUUUGUUUAUUUUUCUAGUCCUGUCGGUCUGGCGCUCCUGUUUUGUUCCUCCUUUUGUUUUGUUUUGUUUUGUUUUGUUUUGUUUUUGUUGCCGGCUGCUCUAGGACUCUGGUCGGCUCUCCGCCGUGGCUUUUCUCUGCCCGUGCGCCUGUCCCUUCACAAUCACCCCUUCCGAUCCUCUUUUGCUCGCGCUCGGCGCCUCCUCUGGAUUUCAGCGGCCGCUGUCUAUUACCUUCUCGCCGCCGCUCUGCCCUGCUGGCUUUGAAGCCGGUCUGAUCUUCGCGCUGUUCAAUUGGACUAUUUACUGGCGGGUUAAGCCAUUCGGCGUAUUUUUUGGGACUGAGCUUUUUUUUUUUUCUUUUUUCUUUGUUUCAAUAAAUUCGUAUUAUUCACCUGCCAUUGGAUCCCGGUCUCGUUCCUGACAGGUUGAGAACUGUCGUGACGUGGAUGAAGAGCUCCUUCAAACUCUUGAAAUACACAGAGGGGAAAAGCUUUUCUGAAUGGAAAACUAAAUUGGCGUCUAAUCUUGUCCAGAAGUUAGACGGUAAGAAGAAACCUUAUCCUGAGAACACACUGGGUCUGCUGCGAUUUAUACGCAACCUACACGAGCAUUAUCCAGAGGAUGCAGAGAGCAUCAACCUGAUGGCUUCCUUCCCUGAUCUGUUUGGGAGUGUGUUCAGGUUUGCGAAGGAGAGAGGAUGGAACUCCAGACCGAGUCUGAAAAAGUUCUUCAGCUCAGCUCCACAGAUCUGAUUGUUGUAAUUUUUUAAUAAGAACAGACAUUAUUUUUCAUUAAAACCAACAGUGAAUCACACAUCAAGUGCAAGGUUGGGACGGAAGGACAGUGUGGUUGUCACUAUAAGACUGGGGCAUUGUGCACUGAAUUAUGGGCUGGCAAUGGUUGACAAACAUCCAGGUUUUUUUUUUUUUUUUUUUUUUUUACUGAAAGCAAUUCUUAGUACUAAGGACUAUGAAACAAUAAAAGCUGUUAUUAACUUUCUGCACGUAACUGGGCUAAAGUUAAGGAUAUAACCCAUUAAGUGGGGUUCUUCAGGUGAACUGAGGAGGGCCUAGUCUUUUUAAUCUUGUUGUAGUCUUCAUUUUUAAACCUGCAGCAAGACGCCAAAAGCAGCGCAUUUUUACUGGAAGAAACUGUGAAGUUAAUUCCUUUUAGUUGUUGUAAAACAUGAUGUGAGUAAAGACCUUGGUUAAGAUCCUUACAAAGCUUAACCAUGGUUUUAAUAUAGUAAAAGUGUAGUGACCAUGUUUGUAACUGUAUUGAUUACCAUUUGUAUAACCACAGUUUUACUACAAAUACCACGGUUAAACUAUGCUUCACAAAAUCAUAAUUAAUUUGCGGUUACCAUGGUUUAACUAUAUAACCAUCUUGUUUUGGGUUUUAUUUGUAGUAAAACCAUGGAAAAUUUUGUCCUAGUUUUUUUUUCAAGUAAUUCCUACUACAAAUGUUUUUCAGUGUGCUUUUUACAAAUUUGCUUUUAAUAUAUAUAUAUACACAACUUCAGCAUCCCAUGUAAAUAUUUUAGUUUUGUCGGUUGCUGUCUGAGCUUGUUCAGAAACUGGAUGGGAUGAAGAACAGGUUAAACAUUGAAAGCAAUUUUUGACUUCUAAAUGGGUUUUUUUUUUUAAUGCCCAUUAAAAGGCAAAACUUAAGAAUUAUAGUCAACCAGAAAAAUUGACAGUACUGGGUUCUUACCCAAAAAUUUACACUUGUGAAUAAAACAUUUGCCAAGUAUAAUAAAAAGAUUAACAAUAUAUUAAAAGUGUUGAUACAUAUUCUAACAUUUGUUUUAUCUGAGAGAUAGAUACAUAACUCAUUCCAAAAAAAAAAUUAACAAACACAUUCACAAAAAAGAUGUACAAUGGACUCUUCUAUAUAACAGAAAGUACUUUUUCCCCCCAAUAUUUUGCAUAUACUUAAGUACACUAUUACAAGGGUAGAAUCUAUGUAAUGUUUUAAAUGUGACUUCUUUUAUUUUGUUUAUUAAUAAAUAUUUGUGCGGAAGAGACCAAGCAACAUUCCAAUUAACGCUGUACAAUGCCAUCCAUUUAAAAAGAAGACGCUGGAAUAGAUUUUCUGUUGAUAUGAUUUCGAACAAAGCGGUUAAUAAAUUUGUCCUCAACAAACAAAAUCCUUUCUACUGAAAUAGAAUUGUUAGGCCUAUAUAUAGAAACACGAUUAAAGGUUUGCUCUCCUUUCAAGAGAGUUUUUAUACCACUAGGAAUGGCAUUAAAUACAAUUUUAUAUUCUUUUAACAAAGCCCCAAAAUCAAAUUUUCUGGAAAAUUCUGAAAAGGAAUAUAGCUGACCGUUGUCAUCUAUCAACUGAUUUUUUUCCCCCUCGGAAUUGGUCUACUUGAAGCGAAACCAAUAACGUGAUAUUUAGCCCCUGCAAUGCGAUUUUUACCAGGGGACCUCCCUCGAAAUACCAUUGGGCUGGUUUUGGGCUAUUUUUUUUUUUUUUUUUUGUAUACAUAUAUUUCAGGCAACAAAAUUAGUAUUUACACUUAUGAACGUGAAAUUUGGUCGGCAGUAUAAGUAAACUAAUUAAGUAAAAGAAAGUGCAAGUCCAGUUUCCUCAUAUUCAUUGCUAAAAAUACAAUUUACAUUUGUUUUUUUGUUGUUUUUUUUUUUUUUUUUUUUUGUAAAUGAUUUGCUGGAUGAAAUCUAUGAAUGAGCUUAUAAGAAACUUCUUUAAUGUUAUUAAUAAGAUAAUAUUUCUGCAGUAACAACCACACUUUUCUCCAGCAAAUCAAUUUUCCAUUUAAUAAAGAGGUCCAAUGAGACAAAACAUAAGGUACAGUAACUA